CCCCUUGCUCCAAUGGAGGGCCGACCCAUCAACUUCGGUGUAGUUGUACCUGGCGUUUAUCGCAGCAGUUAUCCAAAGGCAGACGACUAUGCCUUUUUGAAGGGCUUGAAGUUGAAGACGGUAGUCACACUGGUUAAGAGAGAUGAAAUCGACCACGAGUUCGAGUCCUUUGUCGGUGCCAACGGUAUCCAGCAAAUCAUCUUCAACAUGAAGGGAACAAAAAAGGAGGCCAUUCCUUCAAGCACAAUGUCCUCCAUCCUCGACGUUGUUCUGGACCGCCGAAAUUACCCUCUUUUGGUUCACUGCAAUCACGGCAAGCACCGCACCGGCUGCGUCGUCGCCGCCGUCCGCAAGCUGUCUGGCUGGACCCUUGACAGUGUCGUUGACGAAUACAAGACUUACGCCCAACCGAAGAUCCGGGAAUGCGACGUCGAGUACAUUACCGGAUUUGAGCCUGGCUCCUUGACCAUCAGCUCACUUCGGUCGUUCCACGGCGAAAGCUCGCGAUUCACCCCGGUUCAAGUCCGGUCAUUCAUGAGGACCGUUUUAUUCACUGCUUGUGUCGCCGCCAUCUGGCUAGUGUCUGGCUCUCGGAUGGUCAUUGCCCGCGACAGCAUUACCAAAUAG